UAAACGCUAAGAGACAUGCCCCUCUGCAACAUUUGGAGGCCAAUUCUGCGCCCGGGUCGUGCGGGUGCCUUCACUGCCUUCAUUACCGCAGCAUCUGCAUGCACCCCACGCACCUCUUUCCCACGACGGCCCAUCCCUCUCCAAAUCAGCGCCUUCUCAAGCAAGUCUGACCCUGGAUCCGGUUGGUCAAUUGACUCAACCCCCGAGCUAUGGCGCCCGAAAAGCUUUGAUUCCGCCCAUGCCGUCAUCCAACACGAACUCCAAAAGUACAACCUUCGCGAUUGGGGCUUCGUGAUUGUCCGCUGCACCUACCGCUCGCAGAAGAAGUGGGACAAGUUUAUCGCCCUCGCUCAGGGCCACGCCCGCGACUACUUUGAGGAGUGUCAGAUGCCACCCGUCCACGAGCGCCUGCGCUGGACCAUCACCGAGGACGCCGCGGCGCUCGAGGGCGCCAACAUCCUCGAGACGAGCCGCCGGUUUGAAGACUGGGCUCUUAGACCCGGAGGCCUAGGCGUGCAAGAGAGGCAGGGCACCAAGUUCCCGCCUGGGUGGCGUUCAAGUUUACCUUUACACUAUAACUUCUUCCUGCAUGUCGACGAGGAAAGUUUGGAGAGCGUGAUGGAGGGCCCAAAGAAGGGACCUGAGGGGCAAGAACGUGGGUAUUUCUGCAAGCUUGUAAACUCGGGGACCGUCUUGUUGGCGGAAAAGGCUCAAAGAAACGAUUGGGACAACGUCCCCGCAGAGGACAAGGACUCGGAGGUGGGCCUUGUGGCGGAGGAGGACCUGCACGAGCUGAGAAAACGAGUCAGGAUCGAUAGGCUUAUUAGCGUGGACGCGAUGCUCGAAGAAGAUACGGAGUGUUGGUAUGACCUCCCAAGGGAUGAUGAGGACAUUAUCGAGGCCUGGACAUGGUGAGCUAUGCGGUUUAUAUAUAGGGUAGCAGCACGAAAACGGCACGAGAAUAACUCAGUGGCCCUUUGAUAAAGACCUAUAAGUG